AUGGUAUACAUCAGCCCAAAUUUCAGAUGGUUGCCAGCACGUGUCUUGUUCCUUGUAGCUCUUGUUCUGUGCAUGAAUAUUCCUGCAACGGCUUCAGGGAACGCCACUGACCAACAAGUUUUACUGGACAUAAAGAGCAGGAUUUCUCAGGAUCCAUUCCAGAUUAUGACUGGUUGGAAUGAUUCUGUGCACUACUGCCUGUGGGAAGGUGUUACAUGCAAUUCAUCCAAUGAUAGAGUCGUGAUCAUCAAUUUGUCAGCAAAGAAUGUGGUUGGUUCUGUACCCCAAUCCAUAGGCAACCUUACUUAUUUAACUGCUCUAAACCUGCGAAACAAUACUUUCCGAGGUAAGAUACCUCAGGAAAUUGGUCGCUUACUCCGGUUGCAGCAGCUCAAUCUGACUUGGAAUGCAUUCAGUGGAGAUAUUCCGGUGAAUUUAACUUACUGCACAGAGCUUAGAGUGCUUGAUUUGGUAUAUAAUGAGCUUGUUGGGAAGAUUCCUGAUCAGCUUAGUUCACUGUCAAAGCUGGUCUUAUUUGGUCUUGGCGGCAACAACUUCACUGGUUCUUUGCCUGCGCGGAUUGGAAACUUUUCAUCUCUGCAGAAAAUCACACUUGCCCUUAACAGUUUUCAAGGACGUAUACCUCCCGAGCUUGGCCGCCUCUCAAGAUUACGGGUUUUUCAAGUUUAUGGAAAUGAAUUAUCUGGUACGAUUCCUUCUUCAAUCUAUAACAUAUCAUCCAUUUACUACUUUUCUGUUACUCAGAACCAAUUGCAUGGGGAACUCCCACCAAAUGUUGGCCUUACCCUUUCUAAUCUUGAGAUUUUUGCCGGUGGGGUGAAUAAUUUUACUGGACAAAUCCCUGUUUCAUUAUCAAACGCUUCCAAGCUUGGCCUGGUAGAUUUUGCUCAAAAUGGCCUCACUGGAACAGUCCCUGCGGUUUUAGGAAAAUUGCCAAAUUUGUUUAGGAUCAAUUUUGAUGAUAAUACACUUGGAAGUAGGCAGAGUGGGGAUUUGGAUUUCAUUUCUUCCUUAACCAACUGUACAGUUCUGGAAGUUUUGGGAUUGCACGGAAAUUCUUUUGGUGGAGAUUUGCCGAGCUUGAUAGCCAACCUCUCAGUAAACCUCAGCAUUCUCACCCUCGGUUCCAAUUUCUUCCACGGAAAGCUUCCUGCAGGAAUUGGAAAUCUUGUCAAUUUGAACGUUCUAGGGCUGGAAGAAAAUUUCCUAAGUGACAGCAUUCCUGAUAUCCUUGGAAAUUUUAAAUCUAUACAGGGGCUAGAAUUAAAUGACAACGAAUUCUCUGGGUGGAUUCCAUCUUCUAUCAGUAACUUGACAUCCUUAACCAGACUUUACCUGCAAAACAACAGACUAGAAGGAACGAUACCUCCAGAGAUUGGUAAGUGUAGAAGUUUGCAGGUUCUGAAUCUCACUGGGAAUAAUCUUACUGGCGCCAUACCGGCAGAGAUUACUAGUCUAUCUUCUUUGUCUAUCUCUUUGGCCAUUUCACGAAAUUCCCUCAGUGGCUCGCUGCCUCUUGAAGUGGGCAAGUUGUUUAAUCUGAAUGAGUUGGAUUUAUCAGAGAACAAAUUAUCAGGUGAAAUUCCUAGCACCCUCAGCAGUUGUCUUAGUUUGGAGCGCCUUGUGUUGAGCGGUAAUUUGCUUCGUGGAACAAUUCCUGAGUCUUUGAAAACAUUAAGAGGUAUUGUGGAGAUGGAUUUUUCACACAAUAACUUGUCAGGAGAAAUUCCAGAGUUCCUUUGCUUGAAUCUUCCUAAAUGCCCAGAAUUGGUACGUAGAACAACCACGUUCCGCGAACUAAAAGUAUUAAUCCCUGCUAUUGUUUGUAUUGUUUUCCUGGUAUUCCUAUUUUGCGGUCUUGCUGCUUAUUUUGCUCUAAGGAGCUCAAGUGAAAGACCUUCAACAUCAACUCCCUCAACUGUAGAAGAUUGGGAACUUGGAAUUUCAUUUGAAAAAGUAUUUAGCUCAACAAACGGAUUCUCUGCAGACAACUUAAUUGGGUCAGGUAGUUUUGGUUCUGUAUACGAAGGAGUUCUAGAUGAAGAUGGUCCAAUUGUGGCAGUGAAAAUACUGAACCUCCAACAGAAAGGGGCUUCAAAGAGCUUCAUGGAUGAAUUGAGAGCUUUGAGAAGCAUAAGGCACCGUAAUCUACUCAAGAUCCUUGCUGCCUGCUCCAGCAUUGAUCCUCAGGGUAAGGAUUUCAAAUGCUUGGUCUUUGAGUUCAUGAGCAAUGGAAACCUGGACCAGUGGCUGCAUCCAAGAUGUGAUGAUCAAUGUCAACCAAGAAGUUUGGACAUUGUCCAAAGACUGAAUAUAGCUGUGGAUAUUGCUUCGGCUCUGGAUUAUCUCCACAAUUAUUGCCAAAACCCAAUAGUUCACUGCGACCUAAAGCCAAGCAAUAUACUCCUUGAUGAAAAUAUGACAGCCCAUGUUGGAGACUUUGGAUUGGCAACGUUCCUUCUUGAAGAUUCAACACUGUCACAGACAAUAUCAGCUGGCCUUAAGGGCUCUAUUGGUUACAUUCCUCCCGAGUAUGCUUCUGGCUGUCCGGUGUCCACAUCUGGCGAUGUAUACAGUUAUGGGAUUUUACUGCUGGAAUUGUUUACAGGUAAAAGUCCAACUGAUGACAUCUUUAAGGAUGGUUUAACUAUCCAUGAGCUUGUUGCUAGGGCUUUAGCUGGGCAUAUCAUGAUGGAGAUAGUAGAUCCAUAUCUGUUAUUGGCAGAAGAAAAACACUGCAAAGAUGAGUAUGAAUCUAGUGAAAUGAAGGAGGAAACAAUUCUCAACAAUAAUCUGUCACAAAAUUCCAGUAGGAAUCUGGAUGAAUGUUUGAUUUCAGUACUGAGAAUUGGACUUUCGUGUUCCAACCCAUUUCCCUUGAAUAGGAUGCCGAUGACCAUAGUUGUGAACAAAAUGCAGGAAAUCAGAGACCUAUACUUUGGCAUUAAGAACAGAAGGAAUGAAAUGGAUAUAAGAUAUUAAUCGCUCAUUUUGUCGUUUCAUUCUUGCAAUAUGGUAGGAAGUUUACCAUUCUGCUGCCUUUGUUUUGUACUUUUAUGGUGAGAAACAAGGGUAGCUUAUACUGCCAAAUCUGCAUUGCUGUUCUGAGAUGUUGGAUCCCAUCUCUUGAUAUAUGGAAGUGUUUACAUGUGACAAAGCAGUAUAUAUGAUCAGAGAAACUGAGAUAGAUGUCUUUGGUUCUGUAUAUAAGCAGGCUGAGGUUACAUCAUCAUUUGUCCAUCUGGUCCUGUACUUGAACAGAAGUUUUGUGGUGAAUUUGAGUUUCAACUAGGAUAAAAUUUGUGUUA